CACUAGGUGUAGUCGGACUCGGAGCUUUUAUCGAUAAAUAAUACAAUAAAGUAUUUUGGAAAGUCGCAAUUUGAGUGCCACAAACGGGAAAAUCAAGCGAAAUGGACCCCAUUCUGAAGACCCUUAGCCAGACCAUGACUGUGGAGGCCAUAGCGAUGAUCAAGGCCAAGCGACUGGCCAUGAAGCAGUGCGUCGAUGUGGCCGGCAGGCAGAGGAGGGCGCAGCAGCGGGAGAACGACCGCCAGGUGGGCGACGUGCAGGCGGACCUCUGCAAGCGGGCCAUGGAGCGCGAGCGGCCGUUCCGCGUCUUCGAGGAGCAGCUGCUGGGAGAGAGCGAGAUGACCGCUGCUCAGGAGUACCUCCACCUCGUCUACGAUUCCAAGAGGCGAUGCAUGCACUCCACGCCGAAGGAGUCUACCCCGAUAGUCGUAAGGGAAGUGCCGAUAGUACCGAUAGUGCCGCCCCAGCCGGAGACCUGGACAGUGCCGCCUAGGGAAAAGUCCAAGUACAAUCGCUAUGGCCAGGAGAGAUUCCUCAAGGAGCAGCAGGAGUUCGGCAUCAAUCCGCAGGGCAGCCACUUGGAGAGGGCCACGACCUUACGCGCCAGUCCAAAAACUGGGGAGCGCAAGAGAGCCCGAUCUUUGAGUGUUCCUAGCCAUCAGGGGGCCAAGAAAGCCAUCAGUGGGUGUCGUCCCACGAAUCCUCGCUCCCGAAUGCCCAUCAUUGUGGUUCCGGCGGCACUGACGAGCCUGGUCACCCUGUACAAUGCCAAGGAGCUGCUGCAGGAGAUGCGCUACGUGCCCCUGAAACAAGCCCACCGCCAGAUGCACCAUGGCCAGCAUCUCGAUGAGGUCAUAGUCGAGCAUCGAUUUCAGGGCGAGCUGGUGAGCUACCGGGUCAUCGACAACGUGACCCGCCUGACCCCCGGCGAGUGGGAGCGAGUGGCCGCGGUGUUCGCCAUGGGACCCCACUGGCAAUUCAAGGGCUGGCCGCAGGGCGCUGACCCCGCCGUCAUCUUCCACCAGGUGUGCGCCUUCCAUCUGCACUUCAAGGAUACGCCGGUGUGCAAGGAGCUGUGCAACCUGCAGCUGCACCCCCUGGCCCUCUCGCCCAACGAGCGGCACUCGGACUGCGGCAUCAUGAUGGAGUUCUGGAACAAACUGGACCACCACAUGGCCGUCCGUGCCCGUCAGUUUGCGUUCAUCAGGCAGAAGUAGGGUGCUUACUUUCUUGCUUACUUCCCCCCUGGCGCACAUGCUCGUACUCGUAUAGUGUAUAUAGAUGCCAGAUAAGCAGGGAAAUCAAUAAGUGAAAUUGAAUAAGCCAGAACAAAGGACGAAGGACAAAGACCCACAACACACGCACACACACACAUACAUGGGGCGGCGCUGCGUUAAUAAAAAGUGAGCGGGCGCAUCAGAGAAAUA